ACCUCAACUCUUCUUCUUUACUUCAAUUUAUUUCUUCUCCAGUUCCGCUCUCUCUCUCUCUCUCUCUCUCUCUCCCACCAGCUCACCUUCCGCUUCCAUCGAAAACGAAGCUAAAAAUUGACCCCUCCUCCUCUUAACGGCCACCUUAAACUGCCGCUGCUCCUGCGCGCCGUGAAUUUUCCAAGGCCACCGACGAGUCUUUUCACCGUCCGAUGCUCUGAUUUGAGCUCUCUGAGGUUCCGCUGAUGGCUAUUGAUGAUCAAAAGUCAACGUCCGAUGGAAAGGUCUGGGGUUUUUUGAAGCAAACGUUUAGGCAUUCUGCCAGUGGCACUACUACUUCGUCUCGUACCUCUCAUCAGCCUCAUCCGCCCGUGGAGGGGAUGAAUCCUCACACCUCCGCCUCUGUCUCCUCCGUUGCUAGGUCGCUGCUCCCGACGCGGCGCCGGCUCAAGCUCGAUCCAUCGAAUAAACUUUUCUUUCCUUAUGAACCUGGCAAGCAGGCCAGGAGUGCUAUUGGAAUAAAAAACACGAGCAAAUCUUUUGUUGCUUUCAAGUUCCAAACGACUGCACCAAAAAGCUGCUUCAUGCGUCCUCCUGGAGCCAUUCUUGCCCCUGGAGAGAGCAUCAUAGCCACUGUUUUCAAGUUUGUUGAGGUUCCUGAAAAUAACGAGAAGCCAAUGGAUCAAAAGAACAACAGGGUUAAGUUUAAAAUUAUGAGCUUGAAGGUGAAAGGACAAAUGGAUUAUGUGCCUGAGCUGUUUGAUGAGCAGAAGGACCAAGUUUCUAUAGAACAGAUAUUGCGGGUUGUUUUCCUGGAUCCAGAACGUCCUAAUGCAGCCUUAGAAAAAUUGAAGCGACAAUUAGCCGAAGCCGAUGCUGCACUCGAGGCGCGCAAGAAACCACCAGAAGAAGCAGGCCCAAAAAUCAUCGGAGAAGGGCUCGUGAUAGAUGAAUGGAAAGAACGGAGGGAAAGAUAUCUGGCAAAGCAGCAAGUUGAAGGGGUAGACUCUGUAUAGGUUUGGUUUCAGUUUUCCGGCAAUGGUUCUGUAAUUUGAAAGGAAUUUCGAAAUGAACUGUGACUCGAGUAUCAAUUCUACCCUUAAAAAAGGUUGUGUAUUUUUUUUCUUCGUAUAUUGUCGAAAAUGUUGUUUAGGUGAACAUAUUUUUAUUUUCAUUGAAAGAAAACCCCCUGAGGAGAAGUCUUGUGUAAUUUGAGACAUCCAAUGGGAUUACACUUUUAUAUGUAGAUAUAGAUAAAUAUCCUUCA